AUGGACCCAGCAUCUACCCUACCUACUAUAGAACUUCAAGCUCCAAUGACUCAAGCGACAAAGAAGAAGCGAAUCCGAAACUGGACGGCCGAGGACCGAGCCCUCCACCGUGAGUUCGAAAAGUCGCGCCGCGAAGCCUUCAGUGAAAGCCUCAUGGAAUUGACAAAAAUUAUUCCGGCGCUUCAAGUGGAGCCACGCCCUUCGAAACAUGUUAUACUGGACGCGAGCAUUGCCUACCACCAGGCUCAACAUGCAAAGUGUGUUCGCAUAAGCCAAGCCUUCGAGUCUAUGGUAGCAGAGCGCGAUGAUCUAUUGCAAGAGAUAAAUGUGCUCCGAGCUCUUUGUCAUCCGGGUACAUAUGCGCCGCGUCAGGCUAGACCAAUAGACUCCGCUGUGCUAGGCAUGUUAGCGGAGGAUAAGCUUUCAACUGCUGAUCCGACAAAUGAGCACGAGUCUAUCCAAAGCCCCACGGAGGCUCCCAGUCAAGCUAUUGGGACAUCCUUGCCAGGCUCUCAGCAGACUGCAAGUCUAUUGGCUGUGCCACAAGGAACGCUUCUGGAUACUACACAACCGAACCCGGCCAGGUUAGCAAAUGCACAUAAUCCCAUCACUUUGCCCGAGUGGAGCUGGAAAGAGCCGAGAAAUAUUCUGCAGCAAACCGCUUUCUCCCCAAGUGCCAUAAAUGAAGCCGCGCUUUCAUGGAACCGCCCCCCAACUGCCACACCACCACGAGAUGUCGGGCAUGAGUUUGAUGUUGACCAUCUAUAUCCUAUUGAUGUUUCAGCCCAAUUUUGGACACAGCAUUCAAGCAGCUUACAAGUGACGCCUCCUGGCGACAAUGUGGCAUUCGCGAACCUGGAUGUCUCUGCUCUGUUACAUCCAUACCCUUCUGUGAUGAGUAUUUUCCCACCAGAGGAAGAAAAUCUUGACACUUAUGGAAGCCCAAAUCUGGAAAUUUCAUUCAAUCCAAACACUGAACAACUGUCUAUACCAAUGGGAAACAUGGUCGGAGACGGCACCAACAAUCCACCUUCGACAAUGUGCCCAACAAAUUGA